UUCUGCGCUAGAGUUUAUAUGUGCCGACAAAUAAGAUUAUCAUCAUGGAGAAUCAUAACGAUCAUCAGAUCAAUUCUGAUCAAACAAACUAUCAGAUCGUGGAAUAUGUGGCAGAUGGCAACACUCAACAAUCAGUCAGUGAAGCGGUUCUUCAGUUCUUCCCUAACGCUGCACCAUUUGAAGCAGCAGGAGUGCCUCAACCGGUUCCAGUUGAAAUUGUGACAUUUCAAAACGAGUCAGAGCUAAAAGCCUAUUUGGAUACACAAUCAGCCAGCGAAACGACUAUUUGGCCAACAAUUUUUAACGAAUCGGAACUUCAGCUGUUCCCUAACGCUUCUCCCUUUGAAGCAGUUGAAUCUCAACCGAAUCCAGCUGAAUGUGCCACAUUUCAAACUGAUUCCGAUUUAAAGGCCUUCUUGGAUACACUUUCUGUGGAAGAAGUGCUGAAGACCUUUCAGGAGCAUUACCCAUCAUCGGAGUGGCCAGACAGCACAAUCCCCCAAUGCGUCAGCGACUUCAGCGUAGCUGCACCAGAAGGGGCCGCAACGUACAACCCAACUAUGGAAUACCCGCCAAUUGUGGGAAAAUCUGAAUCAGCGCCAUGCAAUAGUAUUCCGCAAAAGCCCCGCAUGAAAAGGAAGAUCAAGAAGGUACAAACGUUCACCAGCUCGUGGAACUGCGAGCUAUGCGGCAAGGCGUUCAAAUCCAAAGGAGGACAAGUUCAGCACAACCAGCAGAUCCAUUCCGGUCCGACGCCGCAUGUGUGCAACAUCUGCGGUAAACGGUUCAGGGACUUCGACACGAUGGAGACACACCGGCAGCGCCAUCUGAUGAAGGAUAAGCCAUUCAAGUGCAGCGAGUGCCCGAAGCAGUUCAUUCGCCAUUCGGAUCUUCAGCGACAUAUCGUGCUGCAUCAUAGCGUAAGUCCUCAUCAGUGCGACAUUUGCGGAAAGGUGUUCGACCGGGCAGAUCAUGUGACCGACCAUAAGUGGAGCCAUACCAAUGGGACGGUUAAGAAGUUGAAGGCUCGAAAACCGUUUUAAAACGAACUAAGUUCAAACCAGUGAUAUAAAUUAUUUAGAGAUAAGAAUUUCUGACGAAUUAGUCGAUUUUUCGAUUAUGAUUUUUUUUUAUUUUAUAAUGCAUGCAUACUGUCUAUGGUCUCAUAUAUUCAAUAAAAGAUUUUCUUCGUAUU